AUGACCAUCCCCCGAGUUUUGGUCAUUGCAGGCUCCGACAGCUCUGGUGGAGCUGGGCUUGAAGCAGACCAGAGGGUCCUUACGGCUCAUGGCUGCUAUGGGAUGACAGCCACAACAGCCUUGACGGCUCAGAAUACGCUGGGUGUGCAGGACAUCCACAUCACACCACCGGCCUUUGUGGGCAAGCAGAUCGAUGCUUGUUUAACCGACAUUGCCUGUGAUGCUGUCAAGAUCGGCAUGCUCGGCUCAGCGGAAACCAUCAAGGUGGUCACCGAAGCGCUUCAACGCCACGAGGUUUCCACCAUUAUUGUCGAUCCUGUCAUGGUCUCUACCAGCGGUGCGCAACUGCUGCCGGGCGAUGCCGUGAGGAACCUGCGCGAAAGGCUUCUGCCCAUAUCGACGCUCCUCACGCCCAACAUCCCCGAAGCGACGCUGCUCUUGCGCGACGCCGACGUCCACUACAAGUCCCCCUCCGGUCUGGAUGACCUGAAGACCCUCGCGAAGAUGGUCCAUCAACUGGGGCCAAAGGCCGUGUUGCUCAAGGGUGGCCACAUGCCCCUGACCAAGAACUACGUCAAGGCCACGCGCGACGAAGACAAGGCGUACACGGUCGACAUCCUGUACGACGGCAACGACUACACCGUCAUCGAGUCGCAGUACCUGGCGUCCAAAAACACCCACGGGACGGGCUGCUCGCUGGCCAGCGCCAUCGCGUCCAACCUGGCGCUCGACAAGUCCAAAUCACGGACGGCGUCUCUCGCAAGAGCCACGCGGCUCGCGGUGCAGUACGUGACGACGGGGAUCAAGCUGGCUGACUCGUCGAUAGGCAAGGGCUCGGGCCCGAUCAACCACUUCCACAGCCUCCAGAUCCUGCCCUUCUCGCCGGGCCACUUCAUCGACACGUACCUGCUCACACACCCACGCGUGGCACGCAGCUGGGAGGCGUUCACGCACCACCCGUUCGCGACGGCCAUGGCGCGGGGCACGCUGCCGGAGCGGCUGUUCAAGAACUACCUGGUGCAGGACUACCUGUACCUGACGCACUUUGCGCGGUCGCACGCGCUGGCGGCGUACAAGUCGCAGGGCAUGGCGGCCGUGGCGGCCAGCGCCAACAUCAUCCUCCACAUCCAGCGCGAGAUGGAGCUGCACCUGUCGUACUGCGCCGAGUUUGGCAUCUCGCGCGCGCGCCUCGAGGACCCCUCCCGCACAAAGGAGUCGCCCGCCUGCGUCGCCUACAGCCGCUACUGUCUCGACGUCGGCGCCAGCCAGGACUGGCUCGCCCUGCAGAUGUCCCUGGCGCCGUGUCUGCUCGGCUACGGCGUCACCGCCGCGCGCCUCUACCGCGAGCGCGAGAGCGUCCCCACCGACAAGGGCAACCGCUACUGGAGGUGGGUCGAGAACUACGUCGCCGACGACUACCAGGAGGCUGUGAGGCUUGGGAGGGAACUCAUCGAAACCCACAUCGUCAAGCAAUCGCCCUCGCGCAUCGAGGAGCUGAUCGCCGUCUUCGUCCGGUCCACCGAGAUGGAAGUCCGUUUUUGGGAUUUCGACGCACACCCUGACGACGACGACGACGCCGCCGCCGCCGAUGAAGCAUGA